UUGGUCAGAGAAAGUCAGCUUGUAGAGCCCAACGCCUAGAACCAGAGGAAAUGGCUCCUGCCACCCUGAGACCCUCAUCCCAGGAGUUGGUGACCUUCAAGGAUGUGGUUGUGGACUUCACUGAGGAGGAGUGGUGCCUCUUGGACCAUUCUCAGAAAAAGCUGUACAUAGAGGUCAUGCUGGAAAAUAUCCAGAAUCUGCUGUCCCUGGAUGUAGAGACCAAGUUUGAAGUAAAUGAGAUGCCUAGAAAGGUGUGCCUUUUUAUGGAAGAAUGUGACCUACAAAGAUUCAUGAGUGAUGCUCCCUGGAACUUCAGUUCGAGAGAGAUUCAUGACUUUAUUCUCAAAGUAGAUAAAAACCCAAAGAGUGACUGUGACUUGGAUGAAAUUGGAAAGCGAUUCAGACAGUCUUCUAUCCUAAGUCACUGUAUGAAAAUGACCUCAGGGAAUGACUGUCCUCCAGACAUUGAAUAUAGGAAGUGCUUUAUAGAACAUGUAAAGUUUUUUCAGUCUGUGGAGAAGGCUGCUGGAAUGCAAAUGUAUCCCGGUAGUCAGUGGGAGAUGGCUGUGAACUGGAGUUCAGACAUCAAUAAGCAUCAGAAAAGUGAUACUGAGGAAAUGCUUUCUGUAAAUAAUGAAGGUGGGAAGACCAUGAGUCAGAACUCUGAGCACAUUAUACAGCAGCAAAUUCCUGUUAGAAAGGAAUCUGUUGAAUACAAAAAGUGGGAAAUUCAGAGAAUCCACACUGGAGAGAAACUUAAUGAGUGUCAUCAAUGUGGAAAAGCUUUCACACAGAGGUCCAGUUUUAUUGCACAUCAGAAAAUCCACCGUGGAGCGAAGCCUUAUGAAUGUAAUCAGUGUGGAAAGGCUUUCACACAAAGGUGCCAUCUUACUACACAUCAGAAAAUCCACUGUGGAGAGAAGUCUUAUGAAUGUAGUCAGUGUGGAAAGGCUUUCACACAAAGGUCCAAUCUUUCUACACAUCAGAAAAUCCACAGUGGAGAGAAGCCUUAUGAGUGUAAUCAGUGUGGAAAGGCUUUCACACAAAGGUGCCAUCUUACUACACAUCAGAAAAUCCACCGUGGAGAGAAGCCUUAUGAAUGUAAUCAGUGUGGAAAGGCUUUCAAACGCAACUUCAUUCUUGUUGUACAUCAGAGAAUCCACACUGGAGAGAAACCCUAUGAAUGCAAUGAAUGUGGAAAGACUUUCACGUACACCUCCAGUCUUGCUGCACAUCAGAAAAUCCACCGUGGAGAGAAGCCUUAUGAAUGUAAUCAGUGUGGAAAGGCUUUCACCGUAAGGUGCAAUCUUACUACACAUCAGAAAAUCCACCGUGGAGAGAAGCCUUAUGAAUGUAAUCACUGUGGAAAGGCUUUCACACACAGGUGCCAUCUUACUAUACAUCAGAAAAUCCACCGUGGAGAGAAGCCUUAUGAAUGUAAUCAGUGUGGAAAGGCUUUCACACAAAGGUGCCAUCUCAGUACACAUCAGAAAAUCCACUCUGCAGAGAAGCCUUAUGAAUGUAAUCAGUGUGGAAAGGCUUUCAAACACAACUUCAUCCUUGUUUUACAUCAGACAAUCCACACUGGAGAGAAACCCUAUGAAUGCAAUGAAUGUGGAAAGACUUUCACGUACAGCUCCAGUCUUGCUGCACAUCAGAAAAUCCACCGUGGAGAGAAGCCUUAUGAAUGUAAUCAGUGUGGAAAGGCUUUCACCGUAAGGUGCAAUCUUACUACACAUCAGAAAAUCCACCGUGGAGAGAAGCCUUAUGAAUGUAAUCAGUGUGGAAAGGCUUUCACACAAAGGUGCCACCUUACUAAACAUCAGAAAAUCCACAGUAGGGAGAAGCCUUAUGAAUGUAAUCAGUGUGGAAAGGCUUUCACACUCAGCUCCCAUCUUGCUGCACAUCAGAGACUCCACAGUGGAGAGAGGCAUUAUGAAUGUAAUCAGUGUGGAAAAGCUUUCAAACACAGGGGUAAUCUUGCUGUACAUCAGAAAAUCCACACUAGGGAGAAUCCUUAUGGAUGUAAUCAGUGUGGAAAAGCUUUCAUACAAAGGGGCAAUCUUGCUAAACAGCAGAAAAUCCACCAUGCAGGGAAGCCUUAUGAAUGUAAUCAGUGUGGAUAAGCUUUCACACACAACUCCAUUCUUGCACAUCAGAGAAUCCACAUUGAAGAGAAACGCUAUGAAUGCAAUCAGUGUGGAAAGGCUUUCACACAGAGCUCAAAGCUGGAGGGUCUGAGAGCUGGAGAGUCUUGUGAGUGAAACCUCCUGGAGCCUAGUGUCACCAGACUGAAGAGUGCAUAUAGGGGAGAAAGGUGUGAGAAGGCUGGAAAGGUAGCAGAGGGCUAAAUUAGGCAGGGUGUUGGUGCAGAGCAUUUCGUAUACGCUCCUGGAAGCAAUAGGGAGCCACUGGAGUUUAUGGAUUGGGAGAGGGGGCUGACAUGAUCCAACCUGCACAUUAGGGAAAUGACUUUGAGGCUGGACUAGAAUAAGUAAAGAUAUGAGGCAGGCUUGUCAAACCAGAUGUUGAUGCUUUCCUGAUAACUAUGAAUUGCGAUUUGGUCUGUUUAUAUUGUGUGUGUUUGUAAUUAGUUUGUACUUGCUCAGAAGUUCAUGUUGCUACCUUUUCCUCCUGAACUAAGUGAAUGAUAUUUGUAUGUUGGAUUAAACUAAAAUUGUUAACCCCU